AUGGGGGGCAAGUCCGCGACCAAGACCGCUUACUUCGAGAAGCUCAAGCUUCUGCUUGACACUCACUCUUCCAUCUUCGUUGUUGGAAUUGACAAUGUCUCUUCCCAGCAGAUGCACGAGAUCCGUAUCGCCCUCCGUGGCGAGGCUACCGUGCUGAUGGGUAAGAACACCAUGGUUCGCCGUGCCCUCAAGGGCUUCGUUGCCGAGAACCCCGAGUUCGAGAAGCUCCAGCCUUUCGUCAAGGGUAACAUUGGUUUCAUCUUCACCAACGGUGACCUCAAGGACAUCAAGGAGAAGAUCCUGGCCAACCGUGUCGCUGCCCCCGCCAAGGCCGGUGCCGUCGCUCCCGAUGAUGUCUGGAUUCCCGGUGGUAACACUGGUAUGGAACCCGGUAAGACCGCGUUCUUCCAGGCUCUCGGUGUCCCCACCAAGAUUGCCCGUGGUACCAUUGAAAUUGUGUCCGACCUCAAGCUCGUUGAGGCUGGCAACAAGGUCGGUGCCUCCGAGGCUUCCUUGCUUAACCUCCUGAACAUCUCUCCCUUCACCUACGGUAUGACCAUCGCCCAGGUCUACCAGGAGGGUCAGGUCUUCGGUGCCGAUGUCCUUGACAUCUCCGAGGAGCAGCUCCUUGCUACCUUCUCCAAGGCCAUCUCCACCAUCACUGCCGUCUCCCUGGCCGUCAGCUACCCCACCCUUCCCGCCGUUAUCCACAACCUCAUCAACGGCUACAAGAAGGUCCUCGCUGUCGCCAUCGAGACCGACUACAGCUGGCCCGAGAUUGAUGAGCUCAAGGACCGCAUCGCUAACCCCGAUGCCUACGCCUCUGCUGCUCCUGUCGCUGCCGCCGCCGCCUCCGGUGGUGACGCCCCCGCUGCCGCCGCUCCCGCUGAGGAUGAGGAGGAGUCCGACGAGGACAUGGGCUUCGGUCUCUUCGACUAA